AUGAGCAACUAUAACGCAGCUGCUACACCAUUAGAAACUGGAGCAAAGUUGAAGAAGGAAACAUAUGAUAAAUUUCUAAGUGUGACACUGUACAAACAAAUCAUUGGAUCCUUGAGGUAUCUUUGCAAUGCAAGGCCAAACAUUUGUCAAAGUGUCGAAUUAUUGAAUAGAAUUAUGGAGAAACCUCAAGAAUGUCAUUUCACUGCAGUCAAAAGAGUGAUGAGAUAUAUCAAAGGUAUGAUCGAUCAUGAUGUGCUAAUGCCAAGAUGGAAGAAGACCAAUACAUAUGCAGAAGUAUAUGGCUACACUGAUUCAGAUUUCAGUGGAGAUCAAGACGAGAAGAAGAGUACUGCAAACUACAUAUUCAUGAUUGAAAGCGCUUCAAUCUCAUGGAGCUCAAGGAAACAAAGAAUUAUGGCUUUGCCAUCAUGUGAAGUCGAGUAUAUGGAUGUAUCAUAUGCAACAUGUCAAGUAGCAUGGAUAGAGAUGUUGCUCGAAGAUCUCAAGAUAAUGGAACCUAGGAAAAUGAAGUUAUUUAUCAACAACAAGUCAGUUAUCGACCUGACGAAUCAUCUAGCGUGUCAUGGUCAAUGUAAACACAUAUAA